GGCGGGACCUAGGUGGCUCCUGCUGGGGAGGGGCCGGCAUGCCGCUCCCCCUGUGAUGCGGAGGGGAAUUUGCUGACCGUCCCUUAGCAGGUGGUGCUGGCUUCACCAGGCCACCGGAGGAGGAGGACCCGUUGGCAGUCUCCUCCCAGGUGGGAGCGUGUUGCCUGUCACCGCACCCGGGUGGCCCGAGCAUCUUGCCUGGGGCGGGGGCCGUGGUGCUGAGAGCACAGAUGUGCACACGCGGAUGAGCCUCGGAGGAGCUGGCUGCGUGGGCAGAACUCCAGUGGGGACGCAGGUGGGCCCCUCACCUUUCCCUGAAGCCUGAUCAGGAGGAGGAAGGUCCUGUGACAACCCAUCUGCCCUGACCCCAAAACUCACCCAACCACUGCUCUAGAUGCGCAUAGCUGAGUGGAGCUUCCAGGCCUGACUUGGACGCUGGCUGGAGGACUAGCUCAGGAGCCUCCCAAGAUGACUGUCUUGCUAGACAAACUGACUGGGAUGGAAAAGGCACAGAACCUGUCAACAGAUGAAUGCUUCCAAUCUCAGAGCACCGUCCUCCAGGGCCAGCCCUUUGGGGGUAUCCCCACCGUGCUGUUCAUCAACAUAUUCUUGUGGGUGAUCAUCAUUUUGCUUUACUCCUUCCUCCGGAAAGCCGCAUGGGACUAUGGGCGCCUGGCUCUGCUGAUGCACAAUGACAGCCUGACCUCGCUGAUCUUCGGGGAGCAGAGUGAGAAGACAUCUCCCUCGGACAUUUCCCUGGAGAUGGAGCACAAGGACAAGGGCUUUAUUCCUGGUUUUUUCCACAGCCUAAGCAUGAGGAAUGAAGAGUUGAUUGACAAGUGUGGAGAUGAUGCUCGCAUCUACAUGAUGUUCCAGUACCAUCUCAUCAUCUUUAUCCUCAUCCUCUGCAUCCCCUCCUUGGGCAUCGUCUUGCCCAUCAACUACAUUGGAACUGUUCUGGACCAGAAUAGUCACUUUGGUCGGACCACCAUUGUCAAUGUCUCCACAGAGAGGAGCAAGGUCCUGUGGCUAUACAACUGCUUCUGCUUCAUCUACUUCAUCACCAACCUCCUCUUCAUGGCUCAUCACUGCUUGGGGUUUGUACCCAAGACAAACCAAAAGGUCACACGGACACUGAUGAUCACCUAUGUCCCCAAGGAUAUCCAAGAUCCAGAAAUCAUCAGUAGACACUUCCAUGAGGCCUAUCCAGGGUGCGAAGUGACCAGAGUCCACUUCUGCUAUGACGUAAGGACCCUGAUCGAAUUGGACGACCAGAGGCGCCACGCAAUGCGCGGCCGGCUCUACUACACCGCCAAGGCUAAGAAGAAUGGGAAAGUGAUGAUCAAGACUCACCCCUGCUCCCGCCUGUGCUUCUGCGAGUGCUGGACCUGCUUUAAGAAGGUAGAUGCAGAGCAGUAUUAUAGUGAGCUGGAGGAGCAGCUGACGGAUGAGUUUAACGCCGAGCUCAACCGCGUUCGGCUGAAGCGUCUGGACCUGAUCUUUGUCACCUUCCAGGAUGCCAGGAUGGCAAAGCACAUCCUGGAGGAUUACAAGUACGUUCAGUGUGCUGUGCGACCGUAUCAAUCCUCGGUGACCACGAUUGUCAAAUCCUACCGCUGGAGGGUCACCCUUGCCCCACACCCCAAAGACAUUAUUUGGAAACAUCUGUCCGUCCACCGCUUCUUUUGGUGGGCCCGCUUUAUCUUGAUCAACACCUUCCUCUUCAUCCUCUUCUUCUUCCUCACCACGCCCGCCAUCAUCAUGAACACCAUCGACAUGUACAACGUCACCCGCCCCAUCGAGAAUCUGCAGAGCCCGAUUGUGACCCAGUUCUUCCCCUCCCUGAUGCUAUGGUUCUUUACAGUGAUCCUGCCUCUGAUCGUCUACUUCUCUGCCUUCCUCGAGGCCCACUGGACCAGAUCGGCUCAGAAUCUGGUCAUAGUGCACAAGUGUUACAUCUUCCUAGUGUUCAUGGUGGUCAUUCUGCCCUCCAUGGGACUGACCAGUUUGGAUGUAUUUUUCCGUUGGCUGUUUGACAUCUACUACCUGGAGUCUGCGUCCAUCAGGUUCCAAUGUGUGUUCCUGCCAGACAAUGGCGCCUUCUUCGUCAACUAUGUGAUCACAGCAGCUUUGCUUGGCACAGGCAUGGAGCUGAUGCGUAUAGGGUCACUAUUCCUGUAUUGCACCCGCCUGUUCUUCUCCACGUCGGAGCCAGAGAGAGUCCACAUCAGAAAGAGCCAGGCUGUAGACUUCCAGUUUGGGCGAGAGUACGCCUGGAUGUUGAAUGUCUUCAGCGUGGUGAUGGCAUACAGCAUCACGUGCCCUGUCAUUGUCCCUUUUGGGCUGCUCUACCUGUGCAUGAAGCACUUAACGGACCGCUAUAACAUGUACUACUCCUAUGCGCCCACCAAGCUCAACGAGCAGAUCCACAUGGCCGCCAUCUACCAGGCCAUCUUUGCCCCGAUCUUGGGGAUCUUCUGGAUGCUCUUCUUCUCUGUCCUCCGACUAGGUUCAUUCCACAGCAUCACCUUCUUUUCCUUCUCCAUCCUGGUCCUCUCCGUGGUGAUUGCCCUUUUUGGCACUUUUCUGGGGAAGUUUCGGAGGGUGUCCGCCUAUGAGCCCGAGGAGGAGAUCCAGACGGUGUUCGACAUGGAGCCGAGCAGCACUUCCUCCACGCCCACCUCCCUUCUGUAUGUGGCCACUGUGCUGCAAGAGCCGGAGAUGAACCUGACCCCAGCCACCUCCCCAGGCCGGCACACCUACGGCACCAUGAACAGCCAGCCAGAGGAGGGAGAAGAGGAGAGUGGCCUGAGGGGCUUUGCAAGGGAGCUGAACGCCGACCAGUUCCAAGAAGGGCUGGAACUGGAGGGCCAGAGCCAGUACCACUGACCAGCACACGAGGCCUCCACCUGGCUACCCGAGGCAGGAACUGCGGCCAGGGGGAGGGCCUGGCGGGGGAAGCGGGAGGGCAGCCGGAAUCUCCCCACUGAGGCCUGCUGACUUUGGGAAGCCCCCGACGGAGAUGUCUGCCAUCCUGGCCAUGGGCCACGUAGAAGCUACAAUGGGAGGCGCUGGGCAGUGCCGAUGGACCUCACGAUGGAUAGAGGACACAGGCAACCACCACGUCCUGGCAGAGGCGGCAGAAGCCCUGGGUGCAGAGACUGAACACUGGGGCCCCUUCUUGGGGUCAAGAUGGAGAAGGUGUGUGUCAGGAAGAAGCCAGAAAGAAGCAGCCUUCCAGAGGCUCUCCCGGGCUUCUUGCUCCGCUCCACCAGCUGCCCUUCCAAGGAGGUUCUACCACUGCUCCUCUCCCCACCCCCUGCCCCCUGCCCCCCCUGCAGUCUGAGGAGGCUACAAAGGUACGUGCACUGACCUCAUCUGCAGAGAGUGGAAGGACAGACCACUGCCUCGACACAAAUUUCCCGGCAUGAGGAUCUGUAAGGAGAAUGCUCCCCCACCCACCCGGAGCAAGGGGCAGCUGAGACCGUGGACCUGAGAGCUGGUGACAGAGCCCCUUCCUAUCCCGCUGCCCCUUGUCAGAUUUCUAUUCUUGCAAGAGUAGCUGGACCCUUGUCACCCAGGGUCUCAUUAAACGGGGCCUGUAUGUUUUGAAGAAGAAAAUCUCUGCUAGCUCCUGCUGGUUAAUAUAAGGUGGGGAGAGGCAGAGGCAAAAUUCUUGGAGGGGGUCUUCUCCCCAAGCUCUGGGUAGUGGGAAACCAGAUAGGCCUCCCCCAAGCCCCAGGGCCUGGCUGUCUUGCUCUGAUGAGAGGACCCUCAAGGCCACUGAGCUUCUCCUGCCUCACCCCUCUGAGUGCCUUGGCUCCCAGCUUGGCUGAGGUGGGCCGCAGUUUAGGGUAGGGAGCCUUGCUUCUAACUGAAGGCACUGGCCAUUCUGUGCUCCCCAGGUAGGACCUGUCCUCUCUUGAGGCUACCCUGUCCCCAGGACUGAAGGCAACUCAAGUGGCCUGCAGCAAGGCCCCUGGCUCCGACACUUGACCACAAGCCCUGCUAUGGGGUGGGAGUGGGGAACUGUGUCCUCCCUGGAGAAGCCCUUUCUGGCAAAGUGAGGCUGCCCUCCCAGCCUGCAGAGCCAAAUCCUAAACCUGUGCCACAGCCCGGAGUGUACAGGCCCCUGCCUCUUGGCUCAGGCACCCAACAGACCACCAGGCAACCCAGCCAGGAGGACUUGGAGAAGAGCCAGCCAAGCCUCAGGAAGCCAGACUGAGCCAGGUGGAAUGGGAUGUGCGAGCUCCAGAGCUCUCUCCAGCUCCCUCCUCCAAAGGUCUGGGUCCCUGCAGCCAACCUGCUAAAGGCGGGCCCCACCUCGCCACCUCCCACACCCUCCACUGCUCCCCACUCCCGGCUCACCUCAUCUGGGCAUUUCUCUCCCGGGUCCCAGGCACACAGGUGAUCUGAACUCAGAUUACCUGGGCCUCAUCCCAGCUCCGUAUUUGCCCACGUCCUGACCCAGAAGCUGCAGGCUUCACUCUGCCUAGAAAUAGUGAUCAAGGGGCAGACAAGGCUGUAUCCUGGUACUUGACCUACACUUUGACAUGGGAGAGCUUUCCAGAAAGCGUGGGCAGCUGGGGAGGAGGCACCCUUUCCCACUCUUUGUCCAGCUAGGAAUAAGGAAGAAAUUAUAGCCAGCCAGGCCCUGACAAACCCAGGCCCCAAUUUCACCAACCAGCAAAGGCAAAGUCUCCUUUCCAAAGCCGAGUGGUCAGGGCCUCAGCAGGGAGCUCUGCCCGCCAGGGGGGGGAUGGCCAGCUCCAGGCUCUGCCUGCACAUCGUAGUGUGUAUUUGGUGGGGGCAGGAGGGGCUGCCAGGAGCUCUCCUGGGAGCUCUCCUUCCCUGGCACCGCCUGCUGGUGCCUGCCCCCAGGUUCUGUAGCCCCUGCUGCUCGGGGAGCUUUUCCUCCCCCUCCCCCUGCCUCCCCUCCAGCCUGUGGAUGCUGGAUAGGAAAGGGGUCCAGGCAGACUGCAGGGCAGCAGUGCUGGGCCGUCCCCUUCUGAAUCUGGGUCCAAUGCAGUCUGGUUCUGACAGAAGGUGGUGUGAAUGUUGGGACAGUUCGAGACCACUCACUUCUCUACUGUUCCUGGAGACCCAGAGUAACUGGCGAGUCGCUGUCCCAGCCAGGGUCAACUUCCCCGGGCACUACCCACCCUUUAGCUACACACACACACCACAUACACACACACACACACACACAUCCACACACACACACAUCCAGGCCCUCCCCAGGCACCCUUCCCCCGGGCACUACCCACCCUUUAGCUACACACACACACCACAUACACACACACACACACACACACACACACACACAUCCACACACACACACACAUCCAGGCCCUCCCCAGGCACCCUUCCCCUCUGACUUGCCCACAGCCCACAUCCAUCUUACCCACAGGCCUCCCCCUCCUGCCAUCCAAGUUCACCUCUCGAACCCCAGCCCCACCAGCCCCACUUCUCAGCUCAUUGCCCCCUCCCAAUCAGCUCAUUGAAGAUACCCCCCACCCCAAUUUGACCCUCUCUGGAGGGAGCUGCCUCCUGGCUUCCAAGACGACUAGCUCCCUCAAGGGCCUGCCAGACACCCCCUCCCCAGGCCUGGAGCAGCCCCCCUCGCCUGCCUGCCUGUCCCUCAGCUGCCUUUGGAAGCAAAGUGCCUAAAGCAGUGUUGCAUUCUCUGAGGGCCCCCUGGGGGUUUGGACUUCCCUUCGCCAUCGCCACUAAAGGAAUGUGCCAGAAUGCCGAACCUUCUUGUUAUCAAAGCUAUGACUGUGCCUUGAAUAAACAAGUCCUCCCA